GACAACGUCGGCAGCUGAGCCGCGCUGGCUUAAGCCCUCCACAUCUGGAGCGGGGAGGGGGCUUUGGAGCGAGGGGCUCGGGCCGAUUGGCAAGCUCUGAAUGGCUUCGGGAAGGCGCAAGGCAAAAGUAGAAGGCUAGGUUUCACUGCUGCAGAAGAGAGUUUCAAAUUUAGACCAUGCCUGUUCCUCCUCCUCCAGCUCCACCUCCUCCUCCGACACUGAGUGUGGCCAACACAGAGAAGCCUGCUUUAACAAGAUCAGAGCAAGCAGGGAGAAAUGCUCUUCUGUCAGAUAUUAACAAAGGAAAAAAACUCAAAAAGGCCGUUACCAAUGAUAGAAGUGCCCCAGUUAUUGAGAAGCCUAAAGGAAGUGGCGGCGGGAACUGCACUGGCUUUAGUAGCAGCGGCGGUGGUGGUGGCAGUAGUAGCUACAGUGGAGGUGGUGGCAGUAGUAGCUACGGUGGAGGUGGUGGCAGUAGUAACUACGGCGGAGGUGGACCACCUGGUUUAGGAGGCCUGUUCCAGGCAGGGAUGCCAAAACUUAGGUCUACAUCAAACAGGGAUAAUAAUGACUCUCCAGGAGGCAGAGCUCCAGUUUUUCCACCAGGAGGAAGAGCGACAUCGGCAAAGCCCUUUUCACCCUCGAGUGGUGUAGGGAGGUUUCCAGGGCCUUCUCUCGGGCAAAGAACUGCCACACCAGAGCCACAGAGAAACCGAAUGCCGCCCCCAAGACCUGAUGCUGGUUUUAAGCCUGACACGGGCGCCCCUCCUGUGCCAAAUACACCAAGGCCAGUCCCAUCAAGUCUUUCAAAUCUGUACAACAGAGGAGCCCCUCCAGUGCCAGCAACAUCCAGGCAAGCCAGCUUAGGGCUUACGCCACCACCUUUCCCAGGAAACAGAAACCUAGCAUUCGGAGGAAAUGUUCGUCAGCCAUCGUCAGUUAGUUCUCCCUUUUCAAACCGGCCGCCUCUUCCUCCUGCACCAGGCAGGGCAGCAGAAGAUAAGCCACCUCCACCACCACCUCCAGCGACAAACAGGCCUCCUCUCAACAGAGAACCUUCCUUGCCGCCUCCGCCACCUCAGAACAGCAAGCCCCCUGUACCUUCCACACCUCGGCCUUCUUUUGCCUCACAGGCUCCGCCUCCCCCUCCUCCAAGUAGGCCAGGCCCGCUUGCGGUUCCACCAACAGCCAGUGGAAAUGAUGAAAUGCCACGACUUCCUCAAAGGAACCUCUCUCUAGCAUCUCCUUCGCCACCAAGCUUGCCGGGCUCCGGUCGCUCAGGACCCCUUCCGCCCCCGCCAAAUGAGAGGCCUCCUCCUCCUGUGAGAGACCCGCCCAGUAGAUCAGGACCCCUUCCUCCCCCACCACCACCAAUCAGCAGAAAUGGUAGCACUUCACGGGCGUUGCCAGCUACUCCGCAGUUACCCUCCCGAGGAGUGUUUGAUAAACUCCGAAGUGGGCCAGUGCCACCGCCACCUCCUGACAGGACUGGGGGUGGAGCUCCCCCUCCCCCUCCGCCUCCCCCUCCAUCGUCAGCUCUCCGAAAUGGCUUCCAAGAUUCUUCAUACGAUGAUGAGUGGGAGAGCCGGUUUUCCUUCCAUCCUCUAUCUGACUUGCCCCCUCCAGAACCAUAUGUGCCCAUGAACAAGAACUACCCCAGUAAACUGGCAAGGAAUGACAACAGAAGUGGAUCCAGCCGCCGAGAAAGAGGUGCCCCUCCUCUUCCGCCUAUCCCGAGGUGAAGUGAGAGCUUCAGGGUGACCAUUCUCCAGCAUCUCUUGAACCUCUCCUUGCAUUCAGCGUUUUGUCAGGAGACUGCCUCUCCAGCAGCAUUUUUCUUCCCUUUGGAGAGAAGUCCCUGACUCCCUACCGCAUUUUAAAAUGGCAGAAUCCAGGUCCAAGCUUGCUCCCUUCAUUCCCUCUCAAUUUAAACAAGACUGGAAGUCCUUGCUUUGGAUUUCCCCAUUCGUUCGUCAGCUAUAGAUUCACAGACUGCGAUCCUUAAUGGCGUUUUCUUAGAAUUUUUUACAUCAAAAUUCAAUGGAACUUGGCUCUGAUCAAGCAUUUAUAAUGGGGUAGAUUAUACUUCCCUUGCAAAGUUCCAAAAGGCAUAACGAUGUCCAUUUACCUCUGUGCACUCAAAAGUCCAGUCCUGUUCAUAGUCUUUGCAGCAUCAACAAGAGCAAGACAAGGUUUUUUUUUAAUGCAAGGUUCAGUAAUAUUGUAUAGUUCAUGAACCUAUAUUGCAUCCAGCCAGAAAUGGGUGUCCUGUCCAGAGACCAACGCCCUUCAGUUUCCUACGCACGUUAUAUGUAGCUCACCAUGUGCUUCUUCAGUACAUCCUGGGUCAGUUCACUGAUCAGUUGGAUCGCAUCCGUUUGAUGAUGGCGAAGCUUGGUGGCACGGAAGUCAACGCAUUCCACCUUGGGGAGGGAAAGGGGGCAAUUUCAUGGCCUUAUUCUCUCAGGCAAACUACCAAAUGUGGAACACGUUCCAGCCUCUUGGAGACCAAAGUAAAGGGUUGCUUAGGAACGCUGGCAGAAGCUUUCGCAAACCCACCGAAAAUUCCAGCGCUGUUCCAGAUUGCGGUGCUAAGAGAAAAGAAACAAGGUUUCUGAUCAGAUAUCCCCAGCUGGGGAAGGAAUGAUGGAUUCACUUAGUUAUUUCUAUGCACGCUGUUUUCCUCUCUGAUUCAGCAGCUUUGGUUGUGUGUGGAGUGCUUCUUUAAAAAAAAAAAAAAAAAAUUAAACUAAAAACUGGA